UGGCGGAAAUGGCGGAGGCUAAUUGCAGCUAGCUUCGCACGGCGCAGAAAUCACGCUUGGUGUGCAGCGGUUCGUGGAGAUUAUGAUACAAAACCCGUACUUCAGUGUCUGCUAGGAUUUGGUUAGUUAUUUUACAAGGAUUACAUCCGUCCUCAGCAAGAGGAGGCGAUAGUUUUUUUCUUGGUUUGACAGUGGCUGUUUGCGUCCGCGCAUCUACCGUUGCUAGCUAGAGAGAAGUGGUUAGCUGGACAUUGUAACGUCAGUCGGAGCUAACGUUAACAGCAGGUCGGAGUCGAAAAUCAUUAGUGGUGUUGUUUUUACGGGUGUUGUGUGACUAAAAAAGGCUGAGAGCGUCAGUAUAAACUGUGUCCGCAGAGAGAGAGGAGAAGCGGCAGCAGCCGUGGUCGGGGUAGCGUUAUAAAGCUAGCUGUGUGAUUUUUGUAUUUGCACUCCUCGGUGCCACGGAGCCGUGUAGCUGUCCACGUCUAGUCUCGUCUGCUGUGUUUAACGUUGCCAGCUGAGCUAGGCCACGUCCCUGCGGGCGUAUUUCAUCUUCUGAUACAGGACAGAGAAGAUGCCUGGUGUGCGGAAGCAGGAAGGAGAGUAAAGAUCAGUGGAAAUGUGAUAAAAGUCUUGAACAUUCAUGACUGCGAGUCUGUGUAGUGUUUGUAUUUCGGAGCGGUUGCCGCAUUCACACGGCAUGUCACGUAGACGGAUGCGUUUUACACCGGGAGCAUACUCUCACUGAGCUCUAACAACCUGAAGUAACGUUAUACUUUGUCGUGGAAAUGGUUGGGUUUGGUGCAAACCGACGGGGAGGCCGCCUCCCGUCCUUCAUCCUCAUCUUCUUGAUGGUGAUCAUCGCCAUACUGUCUUUCAACUACUGGGCAGUGUCCAACAAGACCGGCCGCCUGCUGGAUGAGCUGGCGGAGGUGCAGACGCAGGUGAAGCGCACGGACGCGGCGCGGAGCCGGCUGGAGAAGAGGAACUCGGAGCUGAUGGUGCAGGUGGACACGCACAGGAAGCAGAUCGACCAGAAGGAUGGAGACUACAGCGUCCUGGAGGGCAAGCUGCAGGCCCGAGAGGCGCUCAUCAAGAAGUGCACUGAUGAAAAGAUGAAGCUGCAGGGUGACGUCACAGCUCAAAUGACAGAAAUCCAGAGGCUGAAAGAGCAGCUAAAGGAGCUGAAGCAGGAGUUCAUGAAACAGGAGGAGCAGCUAAGAGAAGUGAAGAAAAAUAGCACUACAUUGGAGAGAAAACUGGAGUAUGAGAGUUUACAGUGUGGACGUCAGAUUGCACAACUCAAAGAGGAGUAUGAAGAAUCUAAAAAGACCCUGGUGGAAGAAGCAUCAAAGCUAAGACAGAGUGUAAUGGACGGACAGAAGGGUGUAGUGGCAGGUAGACACACAGACGGAGCACCCGGUGUGGAGAUGGGCGGAGAGCGCCAUACAGUGGCCACUCACCGGCAUGACGGCACAGAUUUAAAAGAAGAGAUGGGUAAACCUGGCAGUGACGCUGGCAUGCCUGGUAUUGAAGACAGCGAGGUGGGAAAAAUCGAUGACGUGCAGUUUGGCUUGAAGAAACCAGCCAUCACUCAGAAGCACGACGAGUCCCCAGAUGUGGUUGUGGGAGCCGGUGCUGGACCGGGAGUUGGAGCGGCCGAUGGCCCCGGGGGCCAGGGUCUGUUGCUGGACCAGCCCAGGCUGCAGCAGGACAGGGUGGAGGGCCGGGCAGGAGUGAUCGCACCUCCAGGCAUCGUCAAACAGGCAGACAAACCCAUAGUGUUUGAAGAAGACAACAAGGCAGGUAUCAAGGCGGACGAGCUGGGAGAGCAGCAAAGACAGCUUCGAGCCCCAGAUAACGUCAAGGGUGAAAGUGAACGCUUGAAGGGGAUUCCUCUGCCCCCUAACCCUGCCCAGGUGCCCAACCCCAUCCAGCCUCACCAUGCCAAAGACCAAGCGGAGCCAGUUCACCACCGCCAAAGCCGGUUCUUUGAUGAGAACGAGUCCCCAGUAGAUCCGCAACACGGCUCUAAGCUGGCGGACUACAAUGGGGACGAUGGGAACGUGGGUGAGUAUGAGGCCGACAAGCAGGCCGAGCUGGCCUACAAUGAGGAAGAGGAUGGUGAUGGUGGGGAGGAAGACGUCCAAGAUGACGACGAUCGGGACUUGCAGGGAGACCGCGCUGUGGAUUACGGGAAAAGACACCAAGCCAUUGACAUUCUUUGAAAUGGGAACUCGUGCAGCUGUAACUCAUUAAACAUAUUCAGACCUUCCUCGACAACAAGGUCCCUCCUGGCGAAAUAGUUUGAAAAAUCAGUAUGUCUUAAGAAUUUAUAGAGUGCAUCCUCAGUGUCAUGGACUGAACAGACAUUGCAACUAAUGAAUUAAUUCUGAGUAACGUAACAUAACACAAAGGAAAAAAAAAUCAUGGCAUUGUCCUCAGCUGCUCUUGAUUUGCUAAUGGUUCAGAGAGAGUAGAGGUGAUAUUCUGUACAUUGACUGUUGAGUUUUGUUAUUUGAUAACUGCGGAGCGGUCUGAACGAGCCCUCACAUCCUCUGAACGUCAAGGUCAUACUGUUUUUGCUACUUUUCUUUUCAGGUUGCCGUUCCCUUCAUAUAAACAAACUCUUCACCUGAGAUGUUUAUCAGAGAGACUAAUUUGGCGUUCUGCCUUUCUAACAUCAUUCUGGGACUCUUACAUGGAAGAACUUUUUUGUUUUUUUGGGUUUACAGGAAUGGGAAUACAUUACAAAUGCCAAGGACUCUUCUUACGGCCUAUUAAAUCAAUUUCUUUUCUUUGUGACAGACACUCAAAAGUGCUCCUUGUUGCUUUUUUUUCUCUUUACGAUGCCAUUGCAUGCAUUUAAAACUUUUUAUUAAUAAUCAAAUGAGCAAAAUACUGAUGCUUAAGCAAUACUUAGAGCAAUGUUAGUAUCCUCCACAGUGUGCAGAGAUUAACCAAGCACACGUGGAACUGACAUACUGUACACAUGCUUCCAUUAAUGAGGUCUCUUGUACAUAAUGUAGUUGAACUGUUGCCAUUUGUACCGAGGAAGCCUAAUUCCUCACCUUUAGGGAAAUCCGUGAACAUGAAAUCAGUUCUGUUUGUGCAGCCAGGUAAAUUGAUUUCUCAUGGAAAGGCAGAUUGAAUGUAAUUUAAUUUUAUUAAAGGUGAUGCUUCAUGUCA